CGCUGAAGUUUCGAGCAGGAAACGUUAUCUGUGUUGUGAGGCGGCUGAUGAAGAAAGCAUGGCCCUAAACGCAGAUGAUGAGGAUUUUGAAUGGGAGCCUCCCUCUGAAGCAGAGAUGAAGGUGAUUCAGGCUCGCCGGGAGCGGCAGGAUAAGAUCAGCAAGCUGAUGGGAGACUAUCUCCUGAAGGGGUACAAGAUGCUGGGCGAGUGCUGUGAGCUGUGCGGGACGAUUCUGCUGCAAGAUAAGCAGAAGAAAAAUUACUGUGUUGCUUGUCAAGAGCUGGACUCCGAUAUUGACAAGGACAACCCAGCUUUAAAUGCUCAAGCAGCCUUGUCACAGGUACGAGAGCGCCAGCUUGCCACUCAGCCUGCCCCUGAGUCUAACGGAGCCUCUUCCAGCGAACCCCCUCUCUCCAUCACGGGCCAGCCUAGGCCAGAGCACUGUGAGGGGGCAGCGUCUGGACUCAGAGGCCCGCCUCCAACCGUACAGCCAACCCCUCUUUCCAUCCCCACCCCCGCCUCCAACUUUUUGCCACCAUCCAACCCUCCUGUCCAGACUACACCUCCUGUAGGGUCUUCGGGCAGCUCCCUCCAUCACCACCCAGCACUGUCCAGCGCAGAAGAGGCCGUGCUUCACAAACUCAGAUGGGCCACGCAGGAGCUCCAGCACGCCGCGUCGGUGGAGGCCAGCAUUCAGCUCUGCAAUCUGAUCCGAGGCUGUGCUGAGUCCCUAAGGAGCCUGAAAGAACUGCAGCUCUCAUAAGACUGAACUACAGACAGGGCUGUAACAACACACACACACGUAAGGAAAUAUGAACGGCACUAAUAUAUAUAGUAACAUACUCAAGCAGAUUGUUUGGGGUUGUGUUUAUGUUAGUCCUAAAGCAGCUAUGUGACUGUGUUGUGUGUUGAAAUACAUCGCUUGAGCUGCACAGGAUGCUUUCUUUGUCUUUGAUUUUUUUGCGUUCGCAUCAUUCUAAAAAGUGCAUAAAACUUUCUUUGUGGUUUUUCAAACUUAUAAUUGGUUGAAAACUCAACAUUUUAUGAAAGCAGCACAUUGAAUAUUGUUUCAUUGGUUGUAAAAGUGCAGUGCCAGAGUUAUUCAAAAUUAGUGUUAUUUUAAAAUUGCGAUAUUUAUCAGUUUUUUUUAUUAUUUGGUCCUAAGAGAAGUGCCAUAGUGAGGAAUAGCAAAAUAAGUUUAAAUUGCUUAAACUCUUAGGGGUUGCUUAUGUGAUUUGCAGGGUUUCUCAAAUGAUGAUUCCUUCUAAAAAAAUAAAAUAAAAUCAAUGGCAAUUUUAGAGAAAAAAAAAUCCUGCGUUUUUGAAAAAUUUCAUUUUCCUGUUCGGUUUUCUUCAACUAUUGUGCUGUUCUGUCUCAAUAGCUUACGUUUUUUUAUUUAUUUCACCAUCUUGUGUUUUUAAUCACACUUUUCCAUUUUGUUUUCAUUAGGGGUGUAACGAAUCACGGUUGAUCUUUUGAUUCGUACGGAUUACAAGCCAUGGUUCGGAUCACAUGUGACCUGUGGAUUAAUAAAUGUGUUUAUAUACUUGUAGAUUAAUCUUAAAUUUGUAACGAUCGCAGAGAGAUUGCCUCUCGAGUCAUUUAAAUCACAUGUAUGAAAGCGUUUAGGCUUUUCUGUAAAAUAUAACGAUGGCGGAAGAAGUUGUGGGGGGUUAUUCGGCUUGUGGUUGGUUUCUUAGGUUAUUAAAGGUGUUUUCUGUCACUACUUGUUUAGCCUGCAUUAAUGUAUUUAUUGUAUGCUGCACAAUUAAUCAUUAAAAGAUCGAGAUCUCAACACCCACGCAACAUAAAUUGUAAAUGAUGGUGAUUUACAUGUGUUUGUUAAUCCUUCGAAUCGCUGCAUUUAAAUAGGUGUUUGAAAAAUGCAAAAAUCAAGAAAGAGAUUCAGUCUUUAUUCUUUUGAGUUCGUUAUGAAGUUGCAAACAGUCAAAAAACACUGAAGUACUGAAAUAACAGUUUAUAGUUUAGAUAUAACCACUGAUGUUUAUGGUAAAGAUUAAAAUCACCGUUAUAUGCUCAAAAAUGAAAGCUGUAGGCAGCAGUUACAUUAUUUAACCACUAGAUGGUGACAACCAGCCAUCAAAAAUUUGCCACUGAAUAAUUCUUCAAAUGACACAUCUAGCACAUCUAUCAAGUUUUAUGAGUGGAUAAAGGAAUCAUUUAUUGAAUAUGACACUAAAAAUUAAUAUGGGUUGUACAAUAAUGUUAGAUUUUUACAUUUAGCGUCAUCAGCAACAGUAUAGUAAAAGUGAAUUUUUGACAGUACUAAAUAUUUUACUGUUAAUUUUUAUUCAGCUGAUUAUUUCUUCGUUUUAUUUUUAAUAAAAUUUCAGGUUUUAAGUUCUGUUUGUUCAAACCAAAAGUGUCUUGCAGGGCUGUUUUUGUAAUAAAUAGAAAGCAAAUUACAUUUGUCUGACCCGAAAAAUGGUCCAAUUCGUGACUAAAUAUUCUUGACAUAGUGUUAUCCGAACCGUGAGAUUUGUGAUCCGUUACACCACUAAUUUCCAUAUAAGCAUUCUGUGUGUUUGCAUCUUUUCAUGAUAUCUUGCAUGACACAAGGCAUGCUGAAAGAUUCAUUUUACUUAAACAUUUCUCACAUGUUUGCAUUUUUAUAUUCCACUGCUGUGCUUUUUCAUAGUUUUUUCAUUGUCUCACUAAUAUAAAAAAGUUUUUCUUAAAAUAGGCGUUUUUUAGAAUUUGUCUCGUUCUAUAUGCAUUUUUGCCUUCCACUUCACUGCUUUUCCAUUGUUUUGUUUUUUUCAUUGACCAUUGCGCUUGCAUUUCAAACUUGAGCAUCACAUACUUAGAAUGCUGUGUCACGUUAAAAGUAAAUAAAAAAAGGUGUUUCUAA